AUGGCGACAUCUGCAAGAUCCCUAAGCCGGCUGGCUUCGUCGGUUAAAAGACAAACGCCUUCUGGGCAGAAUCUAACGAGAUGCUCGUGCCCAAUUGCCUGGCAAUCCCACCGUCGGUUUUCAGCGACCCCAGCUCCAUUCCACAGGAAGAGCAAAGCGACCGACCCGCUGUUAGACAGUGGGAACUUCGCGGAUAUUCCGGAAAUGCAGAAGGUCAUGCGGCAUGAAUUACAGCGUGCAUUCAACAGCAUCGAUGAGAGAGAUGCACCGCUGGAUACCGAGAUGCGAAGAGUAAAAGUCGGCUUCUGGGGCGACGCCGAUCCGGACGAAUAUGCGAAGACGCCCGAUGAUGACAAUUUCAAAGACGAUACCAUUACUUCAAUGGCGCACGCGGAACUCGAGCAGCAUCGUGAGCUGAGAGAAUACGCCCGCAUAAUCGCUUGGGAUAUGCCCUCAUUGACCGCACUUGCAAAACCCUUUCACCUUCCUCAACAAGACCAGAUCCUCCGCUUCCGCUACACCACGUACAUGGGCGAAAAUCACCCCGCCGAAUCCAAAGUCGUCGUCGAAUUCUGUUCCAAAGAUCUCAGGCCCACCUACCUAACCGAGGCCCAACGCAUCACUCUCCUCAAAAUCGUAGGCCCUCGCUACAACCCAGAUAAGGAUACCAUACGGAUGUCCUGCGAGAAAUUUCCCACUCGCGCUCAAAAUAAGCGAUACUUGGGCGAUUUAGUCCAAAGCCUAAUCACCGAAGCGAAAGAAGGCGAUUCCUUCGCUGACAUCCCGCUCGAUUUGCGCCAUCAUAAACCCAGGAAGCCGCCGUUGAAUUUCCCCUCACGUUGGAACAUGACGAAGAAGCGGGCAGAGGAGCUGGCGGAGGAAAGGAAGGAGCGCGAGAUUGCGCUGCAAAAGCUUCCUGUGGUUGAUGGGAAUGAGGCUAUUGCAAUUGCAGUCCGAAGUUUGCCCGGAUUAAGCCAGGCGAGUCCUCGUGGUGUGGGCGCCGGUCAGAAGGAAGCUGUUGGCGUCAGAGUCCAGCGAGGGCGGAAUCCUCUCAGACAGCGUUCGAUUUCGCCACAGGCGGGAAUUUGUUCUUGUAUGUAUGGAAACAUCUCGUCUCUUUUAAGGGAAUUUUAG